UAGCGUUUAUAAAUACAGAAUGAAGAAAAUUUCAAUUCCCUUUCUCAUUCUCAUUAAACUCAUCAUAUGAAAAUCUCGAGUCCUGAGUCUUCAGUAACUACUGUAGUAUAGAACUAGAAACCAGAGAGAAUUUCUCUUUUUCUGUCUCCUAUUCUGCCAUUACUUUAAUGGCAACAAUUGGCAGUUUCUAAUACUACCCAAUAGCAGCAAGUGAGUAGUAACAUUUAGUGAUGAACAAAAGCGCGUGAAGCCUGACAUUUCCAGAUUUGAGGACUCAAACUUCAUAUGUACUGAAACAAGUAAAGCAAAACCAAAUACAAUUUUUCUCUGUUCUGUCAUUCAAAGAUCUUUUGCUUUGAGAUCUCAACUUUGAAAUGCUCUGUUACUGAUAAAGGAUCUGACAUUUUUUAACUCAAUCAAGAUUUGAAGUUGGAGGAUUGGAAUUGUAAUUGCUGAUUAGUUAAUUUUGAUUAAAAAUGGGGAAAUCUGGUAGAGAUUGGACACAGAUCUACGCGAUCUAUGGAAUGGAUGAAUGGCAAACCCUAAUGUUCUUAUUAAUCCAUGCUUUUUUCUUCUCAUUUCUUUCUGUUUUCUUUCUUCUCUACUUCAAUCCAAUCUGUUCAAUCUUUGAUUCAUUCUUCCCUGCUCUUCCUUCCGGAGCUCCUCGAUUCAUCGCCGGAUUUACUGGUUCAGUUACCGCAAUCUUAGCGGUCUGUUUACUGUUCGCCGCCUGUAACAUUUUCUACUCAUCUGUAUCUCUUCACUGGGAUAUGGCUCAAAGAAUAGUCAACGCAGUCAAUGAUUGGUCAACAGUCAAAACUGCACUUGAUGUUGGUUGUGGUAGAGGAAUUCUCCUUAAUGCUGUUGCUCAGCAAUUGAAAAAAGAAGGAAGUUCCGGUAGAGUAGUCGGACUUGAUCGCCGGAAGACUACUGUAUCGACUUUAAGAACGGCAGGAAUGGAAGGUGUUCAAGAAUAUGUAACGUGUAAAGAAGGCGAUGCUCGUCAUUUACCAUUCGGUGACAAUUACUUUGAUGUUGUUGUUUCUGCUGUUUUUUUACAUACAGUUGGUAAAGAAUUUGGGCAUAAAACUGCUGCAGCAGCUGCUGAAAGAAUGAAAGGAUUAAGUGAAGUUGUACGGGUGUUGAAACCUGGUGGUGUUGGUGUUGUUUGGGAUUUAGUUCAUGUUCCUGAAUAUGUCCAGAGAUUAAAAGAAUUAAGAAUGGAAGAUAUUAGAGUUUCUGAACGUGUUACUGCUUUUAUGGUCAGUAGUCAUAUCGUCUCAUUUCGUAAACCAAAUCAACAACAAUUACUUAGUUUUAGUGGGGAGUUUAGGGUUGAUUGGAGAUGUCAUGGUCUCUGUUAAUUUUUUCAAAAGAUCUUUGAAUUUUCUUCUGUUUGUUUAAAGUAUAACUUUAGGUUUUAAAAAAAUCUGGCAAUGGCGAAGCCUGGUUCAGAUCCUUAAGAAGAACAUGAAUUAAUGUAUUCUGUUCUGUGUCUUCAGGGAAGAAGAUAUAUAUAUGAUGUUACAAUUAUUAAUAACUAAUUGUAUAUACAGAUAAUAAUAAUAAUAAUAAAUAAAAAAUAUGUUUGAUAUUCAUCAUUACAUAAGGGAA